CGAAUUUGGUCGAGCAAAAAAUGUAACUGCUAAUUUUCCACGUGAGGCUUAUUUGAUCGUAUACACGUUUCGUAAUUGUAAUUGUGAGGUUUACGAAUGCACUAUAUAAGUGGACGCACGUGGCGUUUUGGCAAUUUGGGAAAAAACGUCAACAUUUAUAUUGGAGUUGUGCGUGUUGUUCACUCGCGUAUCUGCCCUCUGAUUGGCUAGAAUGGUCCCACCUGAUAUUGACUCCUCCCGUUUGUCUUUCGUCUUUGAGGACAUGUAUUUCCAUUCUUCAGUCAUUUGUUGGAGCGGCUACUCGACUAUCUUGUCAAUAUAAUAGAUAAUCUUCGGUUCAGUCAAAAAGCUGGAGCCUUGACGUCACACCACUAUUUUCCGCAGGAUUAAAGAUGGCGCCGCAUCAUGUACUAAAGUGCUGUCAACGGAGUUUAGCUUGGAUACCUGUUAUUUUCAUCAACCUGGUCGUUGGCUGGUCUUAUUAUGCAUACGUCGUGGAACUCUGUAUCUUUACAAUCCCAAAUAAUGCAGAAAAAAUAUCAUACCUGGUUGUCUUCCACCUGUUCUUCAUCAUGUUUAUCUGGUCCUACUGGAAGACUAUCUGCAGUAGGCCUGCCAGCCCCUCUAAAGAGUUUUGUCUGGCCAAAGUGGAGAAGGAGCAGUAUGAGAAGGAGCAGCCAGACGCUCAGCAGGACAUCCUGAAGAAAGCGGCCGUAGGAUUGCCUGUCUACACACGCACUGGGACCGGAGCCGUCCGGUACUGUGACCACUGUCAGGUGAUCAAACCCGACCGCUCCCACCACUGCUCCACCUGUGACAUGUGUGUACUGAAGAUGGAUCAUCACUGUCCAUGGGUGAAUAACUGUGUUGGAUUUUCGAACUACAAGUUCUUUGUCUUGUUUCUGGCCUACUCCAUGCUGUAUUGUGUGUUUAUCGCUGCUACUGUCCUGCAGUAUUUCAUCAAAUUCUGGACACAUUGCCGAAGGAGAUCUGUUGGGGAUUGUCCUCAGAAUCAGCUGCCCGACACUCACGCCAAAUUCCACGUGUUGUUUCUGUUUUUUGUGGCGGCAAUGUUCUUCAUCAGCAUCCUGUCGCUUUUCAGCUACCAUCUCUGGCUUGUGGGAAAGAACAGGACCACCAUAGAGGCUUUCAGGGCUCCUGUCUUCAGAAAUGGCCCAGACAAAAAUGGCUUCUCUCUGGGCUUCAGUAGGAAUGUGUUGGAGGUGUUUGGAGACCAGAAGAAGUACUGGAUGUUUCCCAUCUACACCAGUCAUGGUGAUGGACACAGUUUUGCCACCCGGUUGCUGACCUUAGAUCCUGAGCAAAUAGCUGUGGGCCUCCAGAUCAACGGCAAAAGCUCUGAAGAUGGUCUGGCAAGCCCCAAGCACGUCCUUGGCAACAACAUUAACCACAUUGAGGGCCAUCAGGAUGACGUAGCCCAGACGGUAACUGUGACAAUGGAGCGUGAAUCAUAGACAGGUAAGUCUAUGGAUGAGUUCCGCUGAAGUGCGUGUGUUUCCUGCAGACUUUAGAGUGGAAACUGAUAACCACCAGGUGGCUCAAAUGGCCAGUUUAGAUGUCUGCCAGGAGACAACUGAGCCAUUAACUGUGAUGCCUUACAACCAGCAGCAUCUUUUUCUCUACAGAAACCAGCCUUUUAUCACAUGCAGUACCCCUAAUACCAUGAACAAAAUGUCUAGUAACCGCUCUCGUAUAGCCGUCAUCUUUUCUAUUGUCGUUCUUAUGACCACCAAACAGCAUCCCUGUUACCAUGGACAAACCCUGGACUGUCAUGGACACAUCUGUCAGCAGAGCAUUCAUCAGCUUUCAGUUUCCAUCCUCACCAAACGCAUGCAGACGCGUUGUCUUUGUUGCUAACCAAAGACGCACAACAAUAUUUUUUUGGUAACUAUUAUUAAUCUUUGGAACUGCUCUGUUAUUCAAGCCAAAAAAAGAAUACUCUUUGCACUAGGUCAGAUAAGUGCAGGAAAAUAAUUGCUUUACAGUUAUACGCCUCCGUCAAAUCAGUAUUCACUUGCUUUAUUGAAAAAAAUGACGAGUUCACUGUGUCUUAGAACAGAAAAUAUGUUAGUGGUUUUGAUUUGAUUAAGCCCAGGGGAUACCAUGUUGUGUCUUUUGGCCCUGAAGGUCAUGAGCACUACUGUCUCGGUUGAUUGUAGCGUGUGUGUACUGUAUGCACUUUAAACUUGAAACGUGACGGGUGCUAAGCAUAUCCAUUGAUUUCAAUAGGACAGUAGGUUUCUACGAACCACGGCUUUGUAGGACCCUAUGCCUCUCCCAAAAUCCUCUCCUGCUCUGUAUCAUCGUAACUUAAAUGUGCAUUGUGCCUUCAGUACAGUAUGGAAGAACAAAGGUAUAGUACAGUGUCAUAGUUGACCUUAGCAUGGUGUAAUAACUUUAUAAUUUAGAGAGAUGGAAAUGGAACUCGGAGAGCAUUUAUGUUUACAAUUUUACGGGCCAAAUCCUAACUCAUGUUUUGCAAAAUUCCGUGCAUCAGUGAUGAUAUACACUGAGUGUACAAAACAUUAGGAAAACGUUUCCUAAUAUUGAGUUGCACCCCCUUUUGCCCUCAGAACAGCCUCAAUUUGUCAGGGCAUGGACUACAAGGUUUUGAAAGCUUUCCACAGGGAUCCUGGCCCAAUUUGACUCUCAAUGCUUCCCACAGUUGUGUCAAGUUGGCUGGAUGUCCUUUGGGUGAUGGACCAUUCUUGAUACACAUGGAAAACUGUUGAGUGUGAAACCCAGCAGCGUUGCAGUUCUUGACACACUCAACCUGGCAGCUACUACCAUACCCUGUUCAAAGGCUCUUAAAUAUUUUGUCUUGCCCAUUCACACUCGGAAUGGCACACAUACAGUGGGGCAAAAAAGUAUUUAGUCAGCCACCAAUUGUGCAAGUUCUCCCACUUAAAAAGAUGAGAGAGGCCUGUAAUUUUCAUCAUAGGUACACUUCAACUAUGACAGACAAAAUGAGAGAAAAAACCCAGAAAAUCACAUUGUAGGAUUUUUUAUGAAUUUAUUUGCAAAUUUUGGUGGAAAAUAAGUAUUUGGUCACCUACAAACAAGCAAGAUUUCUGGCUCUCACAGACCUGUAACUUCUUCUUUAAGAGGCUCCUCUGUCCUCCACUCGUUACCUGUAUUAAUGGCACCUGUUUGAACUUGUUAUCAGUAUAAAAGACACCUGUCCACAACCUCAAACAGUCACACUCCAAACUCUACUAUGGCCAAGACCAAAGAGCUGUCAAAGGACACCAGAAACAAAAUUGUAGACCUGCACCAGGCUGGGAAGACUGAAUCUGCAAUAGGUAAGCAGCUUGGUUUGAAGAAAUCAACUGUGGGAGCAAUUAUUAGGAAAUGGAAGACAUACAAGACCACUGAUAAUCUCCCUUGAUCUGGGGCUCCACGCAAGAUCUCACCCCGUGGGGUCAAAAUGAUCACAAGAAAAGUGAGCAAAAAUCCCAGAACCACACGGGAAGACCUAGUGAAUGACCUGCAGAGAGCUGGGACCAAAGUAACAAAGCCUACCAUCAGUAACACACUACGCCGCCAGGGACUCAAAUCCUGCAGUGCCAGACGUGUCCCCCUGCUUAAGCCAGUACAUGUCCAGGCCCGUCUGAAGUUUGCUAGAGAGCAUUUGGAUGAUCCAGAAGAAGAUUGGGAGAAUGUCAUAUGGUCAGAUGAAACCAAAAUAUAACUUUUUGGUAAAAUCUCAACUCGUCGUGUUUGGAGGACAAAGAAUGCGGAGUUGCAUCCAAAGAACACCAUACCUACUGUGAAGCAUGGGGGUGGAAACAUUAUGCUUUGGGGCUGUUUUUCUACAAAGGGACCAGGACGACUGAUCCCUGUAAAGGAAAGAAUGAAUGGGGCCAUGUAUCGUGAGAUUUUGAGUGAAAACCUCCUUCCAUCAGCAAGGGCAUUGAAGAUGAAACGUGGCUGGGUCUUUCAGCAUGACAAUGAUCCCAACCACACCGCCCGGGCAACAAAGGAGUGGUUUCGUAAGAAGCAUUUCAAGGUCCUGGAGUGGCCUAGCCAGUCUCCAGAUCUCAACCCCAUAGAAAAUCUUUGGAGGGAGUUGAAAGUCCGUGUUGCCCAGUAACAGCCCCAAAACAUCACUACUCUAUAAGAGAUCUGCAUGGAGGAAUGGGCCAAAAUACCAGCAACAGUGUGUGAAAACCUUGUGAAGACUUACAGAAAACGUUUGACCUCUGUCAUUGCCAACAAAGGGUAUAUAACAAAGUAUUGAGAAACUUUUGUUAUUGACCAAAUACUUAUUUUCCACCAUAAUUUGCAAAUAAAUUCAUUAAAAAUCCUACAAUGUGAUUUUCUGGAUUUUUUUUUUCUAAUUUUGUCUGUCAUAGUUGAAGUGUACCUAUGAUGAAAAUUACAGGCCUCUCAUCUUUUUAAGUGGGAGAACUUGCACAAUUGGUGGCUGACUAAAUACUUUUUUGCCCCACUGUACAUAAUCCAUGGCUCAAGACUUAAAAAUUAUUCUUUAACCUGUCUCCUCCCCUUCAUCUAUACUCAUUGAAGUGGAUUUAACAGGUGACCAACAAGGGAUCAUAGCUUUCACCUGGAUUUACCUGGUCAGUCUCAUGUUCCUAAUGUUUUGUACACUUGGUGUAUGUGACAAGGCAGAUUUUUUUUUAAUCAAGAAUUUGGUUGUGAGACAACACAUUGUUUUUUCAGAGGUGUAUAAUUCAUUAACAUUGGACAGCAUUGUUAUUCCAUUAAGUAUUUAUUUCCAAGGUUUCUUUUAAGUUGCAGUUUUUCCAUUGUUUAUUUUUGCUAUUGUCUGCAUUGCCAUAUGUUGUUUUCAGAUAUGUAGCAUUUUUUUAACUUGAGUUUAUGAAGAUUAAGGUAUCUGUGAAGUCAUCACUUUUGUUGGCGAGAGGGGACUUCGACACAUUUCACAGGAAAGUGAGAGUUCUAUCUUUGAGAAUAAGGAAUAGCUUUGUGAUCACUUUAUGCAAAACACACUCCUUCAAUUCCUGACUUCUCAAUCUGAUGAAUGGCAUACAUAUGGAGAAAAACGGAAGGCUUUGAACAAAAUGUUUUUUAAAGCACAUUUUACAUCACAAAUGCUGCUUUCUUUGAUUAUUAUUAUAGCUGUUUUCUUAUUAUUUGAUUGUUUUGUCGUGGACGAUGUACAAUGUUGAGCAUAUACAUAAAUAUGUAAUGUACUGAACCAGAUUUGUUAAUACCAGUAGACCAGUUUCCAUGUGUAGUAGUCCCUGGGAAAGUUACUGUUCUGCUGUAGUAAAUCAUGCCAGGAUGCUCAUAGACCACCAAGAGGAGGCUAGAGCUGGGCAUCAACCUCUCAAUGGACACUUUAUUAUUAUUUAAUUUUUUUCAGAAUAUUCGUGAUCGGGUUUCUCAAUUUCCAACUGACUAUGAUCCAUGUGGUUUUUAGGAGAGUUGUUUGGAAUUUGCAAGCUGUUUGUUUACUGGAUGCAUAUAUGUUGGUAUAACACCCUAUUGUGGAGGAAUGUAGAGUGAUAGCAUAGUGACUAACCAGAAAUCCUAACUUUCUCAUUUUAAAAUGAAUGCCAUAGAGAAGUAUUUUGUGCUACAUUGUAUAUUCACAAAAUAUGUUGAUGGUAAAUCAUGGACCAAUUUCCUGUUAAAAUAAAUAAUAUCUUAUUUUUUUAUUGAAUCUGUUUUGCAUGUUAAGUAUUUUCUCACUAUUUGUACUACCCUGUCAGCCAGUUUUGGUUGUUCAUAUUUUUUUUUUAAUAUACUCUAAAUGUGGAAAUAGUUUGCACAAAGUGCAAUAAUUUUUUUUAAAUGUUAUUUUGUAGAUAAAUACACUGUAUUAAUGUGUACAUUUUAACAAUAAAAACUGUUUUGAGUGCA